UCAAGACUCUGGACUGUGCUCUGUAGACCUGGUGUUGCACUUGUACUCUACUCUAUGGAUGGUCCUUGAACUAAAGAGUACUUUGUAAAUUGUUUCGAAAGUAGUCGUAUUGUAGUCCUCUUGUCAAAUCUCCUUCAAAGCGUCCCUGACUCUAGCUUUCAGGGCAAAGUGCUCUUUUAUGGUUUCCAUCAAGUAUGCUGUCCGCGCGGCAGUCCACGAGCUGAUCAAAUUGAUGAAGACAUUCUGCCAACCUUUUCAUCGUCUGAUGUAUCUGAACAACAAUUACAAAUGGACUGCUGAUGAGCGGCGGGUAUGGUGUGGAGUACUGUUCGUAGGAUGCAUGUGCUUAUAUAUGUCGAGAAAUAGCCUACCCCAAGCUAUCGUAUCCAUCAGCGAUGGCGUCGGAUGGGACAAACAUCAAUCUGGGAUAGUGCUAUCAAGCUUCUUUUGGGGAUACCUAGCCACACAGGUGCUAGGAGGAUGGCUGUCAGAUCGUUAUGGUGGACAACAUGUUCUGUGGAUGUCAGCUAUAGUUUGGUCGUUAUUGACGGGCAUGUUACCGAUGUUUGUAACGCACUCUGGAGUACCGGUUAUAUUCUUGAGAAUCGUCACCGGUGCUUUUCAAGGGGUGCACUACCCUGCUAUGUCUAGUCUAUUAACAGCUCAUGUCCGAGAACAAGAACGCACGUUUUACUUUGGAGUUGUCUGUGCUGGCUCUCAUAUUGGGACCGUGUUUUCAGGAAGUAUAGUUGGAUUGCUGAUAUUCCGGUGGGGCUGGCCAAGUGUUUUCCAUGUUCUUGGUGCACUUGGCUUCUUUUGGGCCAUUUCUGUCCAUUCCAUAUUGGGCACAAGCAAGUUUGGUCGCUGGAGUGCCGCAGCUUCAGCAGCAUCGCAACCAAGUAUUGAGCAGCCGCUAUCUGUGUUAGGUGAUGUGUCUUCUGUCUCUUCUAUUGUGCCUUGGAGGGCCAUGUUCACAACCCCAGCUAUCUUGGCUAUAUUUGUGGCACAUCUCUCUGGCCUGUUCUUCUUCAAUAUUCUCAUCAACUGGCUACCGACGUACUUCCAUGAAACCUUUCCUGGCUCUCAGAGCUGGCUGUACAAUACCUUGCCAUGGCUGUUCAAUGCUGCAUCAAGCAUAGGAAGUGGCUAUUUCUGCAACCAGUGGCUUUCUACUGGUUCCAACUUGACUGCCGUCAGAAAAAUAUUUGUGGGUAUAUCACUGCUUGGACCAGCUGUGGGACUGUAUAUCUUGCCAUACUGUAGUUCAAGCUUUGCUGCUGCACUUUGCUGUGUGUCGUUUGUGGCAAUGUGUCAUGGUGCCUCUUCGGCUGGUACUAUUGCAAACCCAUCUGACGUUGCUCCCAAUUGUGCUGGUUCUGUAUUUGGUGUCAUGAACAUGCUUGGUGCUUUGGAAGGUAUGAUGGCAGUGUACAUUGCUGGUCACAUCCUGCAUACCUAUAACGACUGGAAUGCUGUGUUUUACCUGGCGUCUGUCAUUUCCGCUCUUGGCGGUGUAACAUUCCUCUGCCUAGGGAGUGGCAAGAAGGUGCUCUAAUGGACGUAAACGGUUGCUCCCUUUUUUAACCCAAAAUCUGAAUUGGCUAUUGUACAUUGGAUUUAGCAUGGAGGUUUCAUGCUACUAGUUUUAUCAGUGUUCUGUGGCCAGUUUCCGUGGUCUUGAGCAGGAUUUGCACAAUAUCUCAGUCGGUCGUCUGAUGAGUUUUUUGAACACGAAACUCGGAGUAAUAACGAGAAAGCUCUUUGGUCUCUGCUGUUCUGCCUUGUGUAGUACGCUCUGCCCUUGUUAGGGUAGUGAGCACUAUUUGCAGCAAGGACUCCAGACGCUUUUUUUUGUCAAUCAUUAGGACGUGUCGUUUUGGCCCUUGAUUGAUAUCAUGAAAUGUGCUGUGGUGCAGUUCCCGCUAGAAUCUAGAACAUAUUGCUGGGCUACGGUUUGGUAUGCUGUGCACAGCCAGGGUGUAGUGAGCGCAUCAUACUACGCUUGCUCACUUUGCAUGUCUGCACCCCCUAGCAAUUACGUACUCUUUGAUGGCAAGCAGGGUCUUUUUUGUUUUGUUUGAUUUUCCGGCAAUGGCGAGAGAAGCACAGAUGUGCAGUGGGUGAACACACGCUUACUUGCGAUAUUCACACCGCCGUCGUUGACCACCCAUCCUUUGGUUAUACUACUGCCAUCGCACUUGACAUUAAUUUUACAUGACCAGUGUGCUCUGAUAUUAUUGAUCUCUAUCCGCAAAAUUUAUUAACUUAUUCAACUCCCCGAAUUUUUUUAUUGACUGAAAUCAGUUUAAGUGUCACGAUCAGGCAGUAAAUUACCUCUCCUCACUGUUUGUUGAAAUUGAAAUCAGUGUUGAGUUGUUUACAUUGGUGAACUUCUGAUUAAUGGCUUGUUUGGUUGAUUGUAGUGUGUUCAG